AAUAACCAGGAAGAGAAACGCGCUUCGCUUGACAGUCGUCCUCGGUAAAUUGCAGUGGGAUUUAGAAUUGUACAUGCCCCUUGGACCACUAAGGACAACCUGUUGUGCGUUUUCUCUUUCUGAGCGUGAGGUAAGGCUAUAGAGUCCUGCCUAACAUGGAUCAGAAAGUGUCAAAGGCAACGAAACCGAGGUCCCUGAGUUUGCUCGAAGGACGAAGAAGGGAAGACGAAGGACAAAGUCUGCCACACCAUUCGGAACAAAGUGCAAAUGUUGACGUGAGAAACAACGUCUUGGACAAUGCCGAACCUACAAACAUCGCUCCCAUCCUCGGCAAUGAGGAUGAGGAAGGGGUCGGUACGUGUAAGGCCACUGACGUCGAUCUUCAUCAUGAUCAGGAAUCCUACGACAUGGUCUUACUAGCGCUGGAUCAGGGGAGAGAUACUCAAGUCUUGGACGGCGGCCAGAAAUGCUACAAUGACGGAGACGUGGUGGCGUUCUCAGAAACAGAAAAUGCAGUGACCCAAAUUACAAACCCAAGUCAAGUGAGCGGUCAAGGCAACAAGGUCAUCAACAUCGGGCCCCAUUCCACCGUCAACAUCUUCCACGGAAUAUCCGAUGAACCUAACACAGUUCCCAACAUUGACAGUACCACUGAAGAUUUUCCCCUGGCUCUAUGUCAAAAUUCACUUAAGUCGUAUUACAAGACAAGACUGAGCUACCUUCACCCACUAGCGUGGAAUGAAACUUUCACCAUGAAGAUUGAGGACAUCUUCACGACUGUCGACCUCUUGACGCGAACACAACAAGGAGGAAACAUUGAACGGCGCGCCCUCCCCUCUACUGUCGACGCCUUGACUGCCCGCCCCAAUUGUCCCCAGCCCCGGCGCAUUUUGAUCGAAGGUAACGCAGGGAUAGGGAAGACGACCGAAGUUUCCAAACUAGCUUUUGACUGGGCCGAGGGCAGGUCUCUGAUUCUGGAAAAGUAUGAUCUAGUUUUCCCAAUCGCGCUGCGGAAGGUUGAUGAGUCCCAGUCCCUCACAGAGUGCAUCUUCGACCAACUCCUACCAGAAGAUGUGCCGUUUCAGGAGUCGGACUUAGAAACGUACCUGAAGGGGAAUGACCGAGUCUUGAUCAUUCUCGACGGCUUCGACGAGUGGGCCAGACUUAAAGGGCAUGACGUCACCAAACUUCUGACUGGUAAGAUUCUCCGUGACUGUUGCCUGUUGGUGACCACCAGACCUUCCCACACCCCUCAGCUGCAGAGUCUGAUGUGUCCGGACACACAGGUGGAGAUCACGGGCUUCAGUCAGGACAACAUCCGCACUUACGUCCACAGGUUCUUCACGGGAGACGAGGCCAAGGCAGCAGCCUUAGUCAGCAAAAUGGACUCCUCCCUAAUCCCCACAGGCAUUCUGGCAACACCCAUACUGCUUUUGUUGACCUGCAUGAUGUGGGAAGAGAAGCAGGAUUUGGUGUUUGGAGGUCAAAUCUUUCCCCUUUAUGAUGAGCUAGUUUCCUUCACCAUAAGGCGGCAUUGCGUUAGGAACAACAUUGGUACAGACCAAGGUAUUCCUGACAACAUCAGAGACGCACUUUUGUGUGCCGGGGCUCUUGCUUUCAAUGGCUUGAUGGAGAAUAAUCUUGUAUAUAGCAAAGACAAUGUGGUCACGUAUUGUGGUGAAGACAGUUUGCAGGAGCUUGUGUUAUUGGGGAUCCUUCAUAGACAAGAAAGUCCCUCCAGACUCAACCCUUCUGACCAGUUUUCCUUCUCCCACAAGACGAUGCAGGAAUAUUUCGCAGGGUUGCAUUUCGCAAAAAGACUUCAGAACCAGACAGCAGAACUGAGCACGUACCUAAAAACGUUUCAAAGUGUGCGGGACUGGAAAACAUGGUCAUUUUUGCCUGUGCCAAGUUAGGACCCGAAGCAGAUAUCAUAUUGGCUCAUCUUGUCAAAAUUUACCAAGAGGAGGUAGAACAAUUUUCUGAUAGCUUCAGUGUUUGGCUUUUAAGGAAUGUUCCCUUUUAUCUUUAUUCUGAAUGUCGGGUUUCGCGGAAUGAAGAAGAGCUUUUGAGUCCUUCUCAGUUGGCUUUCUUUCGCUACCAGACAUACCUGGAUAUUGCACUGUUGUGCUCCUACGAGAGCGGUUGUCUCUCACUGGUCGACAGCAUCUUUCUCGCCAAAGGUGUUGUUCAGUUUUCAGAUGUAGGCCCUCGUGUCUACAACGCCCUGGAACAUGUUCUGAACAAAAUUCAACCCCAAUCCCUUAGAAAAUUAAAAUCCCUCUGGUUGGUCAAUACCAUGCAAUGCUUUGUCAGCCCUGUCAUUGGCUACCUGAAGAUGAUGAAUUUGUCUGAGUUGAACCUUCGAAGUGCUUGUCUUGGAGGUCAUGACCCCAAUACAGGACCUUGUGCCCGUCUGUCACAACAGCUGCCUUACCUAACAAGUUUGAGGAAGCUUGUGUUGUCUUUCAAUAAUCUUCUCUGCUCAGACCUACUUGUGUUAUUGCCUUCCUUGAAGAUGUUGGUGGAGCUUGAAGAGUUGUAUCUGUCUGGUAACAACCUAGCAGGUUGUGGGAAGGAAAUCUCAGAACUGCCGUGCUCCUUACGGAACCUCAGGGUCCUGAAGGUGUAUCGCUGCGAACUUAAAACGGAGGGCGUUGUUCAAAUAGCCACUGCAGUGGUGCAGUACUGCCCAAAGAUGGAAGAGUUUGACUGGGACUACAAUUUGACAGAUCAGAAGGACAAAAGGAAAGUUCGGGACUUUCUCAGUGGCUCAAAGUCAUGACCUACAGGAGAGAGUACUAGAAAAUCCUCUGUCAGGAAUCAAUGGUUCAUGGGCAGCCCGAACCUUCCUCCUAGAUCCCACACACCAUUCGUCAGUCCAGCACCCGUCAUGCGUAAGGCAACAACAAAAUCCACGCACUUAGUCUUCCACCCUAUGUUUUCUGCAGCUGAAUAGGCUGUUUCCACUCAAUUUGUACAUUUGAGUUAUGAAUCAUGUUGUCAGUUAUGAGUCAUUUGAGGUGACAGAAGUUAAAGUCAAGGUCCUCAUCUACUUUGUGCACUAUUUUGGAAUCAAAAUGUUAUACAUGAA